AUGGCAACCCAACAAGCCACCAAUUUGAUACCAAGCGACGUCUUAUUCAAAUCUGUCCUUGGAUCUACACCACCUCUUAAUGAAGGUGAAGAGGACUUAGGGGAGGCCAACACUAUUCCCACUUCACCAUCUGGAUUUAAUAACAACGUAUUUUGCACUCUCUCGGAUCCUUCUACCACUCCAAGUUGUCCGUCAACAGUGGUUCAACAUUGCGACUACUUCAUUUACAAUAUAAAUGACAACGAUCUACAAGUUGAAGAAGCACUGUGGAUCGCGGAAAAACUUUAUGAGGAGUCCGAUGACUUUGAAAAGCGAAAGGUUUUCGUUUUACUAUCUACUGUUCUUACAUGGUCACAAAUACAACAUUUGCCUGACGCAAAUUAUUUCAGACGGAAAGCACACCGACAUUACAUUCGACAUAUUGCUGCUGAAAAAGAAAUUAAGAGACUUGGUACUCUGGAUGGGUGGCUGAACCAACCGGCUUUGAAUGUGAUCGGUGACGGGAAAAACUUUAUACCAACAAUCCAUGUAAAUGAUUUAGCAAGUAUUGUCUACAAAUUACUGAACUUGUGUCCAACAACUCACUAUAUACUUGCUGUGGAUGACGGAUACAAUACGCUCCUUGAAAUAGUUACGGCGAUUUCGGAAGUGCUCACCACAGGGAAAGUGAAGCACAUUUCCGUAGAAGAAGCAAAACGGAUGGACGAAUUUACGCAAAAGCACAUUGAUAGUCUCACGUUGAAUCUGCGCUUGGAGGCACAAUUCGUGCAUGAGAACUUGCCUUUUAAGUGGGCAAGUGAAAGCGGAUUGGUUGCUUCCAUACAAAAGAUCGUGAAAGAGUUCAAACUUGCAAGAGGCCUGCUCCCAAUUAGGUUAUGUGUCCUGGGUCCACCUCUCUCGGGAAAGUCGAAGCUGGCCCAACUUCUUAGCGAGUAUUAUUCCGUGCCACAUAUUCACGUUAAGGAAAUCAUCGAAUCUAGAAUCAAGGAGUUGGUGAGUAAAGUCUUCAGUUACUUUGACGAACAGGUUAAUUCAAGGGGUCAGAAGUCAUCUUAUCGGGCUAAAGACAAUAAUGAAACUGAGGAAGAGGCAAUUGAUGAAGACUAUGAUGCUGCUGAUGAUGAUGAAGUAAUGGAAGAAAUGGAGGAAAUCGAAGAAACCAAUGAGGGUGAAGAGGGAGAAAAAAUCAAAGAACCAGAUCCGCAGGCCCAAGUCGCCCAGCUUAGUGGGGAACGAGCAGCUCGUGAACGCAGCAUCCCUAAUAUGAUCAACGAAACUGACUUCCUGGGCAAAGUUGCGCUCUCCCCAAAUCCUAACUCUUUACCUAGGGGGAUUCUGCCGGCAUGCGUAAUUUUCCUCCAGGCCACAGAUGCCUUCCUCUUUAACCGAGUUCUCAGAAUACCUAACGAUGAAGUAAGGUGCUCCCAUAACGACGAAGAAGGCUUUCUUAGACGCCUUCUCAUCUAUCGUCACUCUCACGCCGGGUCUGAGGUGGCGGCUCUCAUGGCUAGUGAUGAGUUGCGAAAGGCACUUAAUUCAGACUAUCUCCAGAAGAUCACAGCAGGCGAAGCAAGUACACUAACCUCAACUGAGCAGAUAGUCCCGUUAAUGGCAGGCAGCAUUGGUACCAAUAGCUUGUGCGCCUUUUUCGAGGACAGAGGCGUUCGCGCUUUUAACUUUGAUGUCGCAACAGACACCUCGGGAGUCUUUAACGAAAUCGAGCGAAAGAUACGUACCGCAAUAGGUCCGCCAAGAAACUAUGGUCCAACAGCGAAGACCCUGACAAUAAGAGACAAAAUACGUUUGAAGGAGGCGGAAGAGCGACGCACUUUGGAGAAGGAAAGGGAGGCCGAGGAGUUCAGACGCCGUGAAGUCCGCAAGCGCGAGUUUUCCGAUCUUCUGGAGAGAGUGCGCACAGAAGAGGAUGAGGAGUUAUUGGAGGCAUCGAAACCACUACGCGAGUUUUUGGGCAAAUUCGUGAUGCCAACUCUGUCCAAGGGUAUAUUCGAGUGCAUCUGGAGGCGGCCUGAGGAUCCGGUUGAUUAUCUGCUGGAUCGUAUCAGGUUGCCAUUAAUUCGCAAAGCAUUAGAUCUUGUGGCCCUCACCUUAGCCCUCAUGGAAUUGGAUAAGGGCACUCGAAUGUGA